GAAGACCACUUGCGCUUCAUGCUUGAUCGCAUUACAGUGCGCUCAGCCGUAUUUGAAGAGCAAAUCUCCUUGUUGCGCGAAACACUGGCCACCGUGUUUGAAGGCCAGCAUGACUUUAUGGAGGCUGCACGCAUGCUGCAAGCCAUUUCGCUCGAGUCUGGUCAGCGCAGCAUCUCCGACAAUCAGAAGCUCAACAUAUACAUUCGCAUUCUACGAUGCUUGCUAGAAGAGGACGAAGCGAUUGAGGCAGACGCCUACCUCAACCGAGCCAGUCAUCUCGUCACCCCAACAACAGAUCCUGCCAUCCUUGUGCACUUCAAACUAUGCCAAGCGCGAAUCUUUGAUGCGAAGCGACGAUUCCUCGAUGCAGGUAUUCGAUACUAUGAGCUGUCCCUCAUGUCGGACCAUGUCGCAGCAGAAGAACGACAAUUUUGUUUGGCAGCUGCACUGGUCUGCGCUGUAUUAGCUCCCGCUGGACCGCCUCGAUCCAACUUUCUCAAUACACUUUACAAGAAUGAGGCGACGCAUUCACUAGAGCAUUUUACGAUCCUGGAAAAGAUGUUCCUUGAUCGGUUGAUUACGCCUGUUGAGCUCGAGCAGUUUGCCGCGACCCUGCGACCGCAUCAAAUGGCCUUGCUGGCGGAUGGCACCACUGUCUUGACACGCGCCGUCAUUGAGCACAACGUUCUCGCUGCUUCCAAGAUCUUUGAUAAUAUCGCAACUGAGACACUUGCAACACUCCUUGGCUUAACCCCAGCGAAAGCAGAACGUUUUGCACGCGGUAUGAUUGAGUCGGGUCGUUUGAUGGGCAAGAUUGAUCAAGUCUCUGGCAUCAUUGACUUUGCGAGUCAGGAG